AUGGUUUUCUACGCCUACGCAAAGAACAGUAACGACGAUUGGUCAUGGCGCUAUCUGAUCAUCGCACCUUCCUUCAAGGAGCUAGACGACUGGUACAAGACCGUCCGCACGCGAGUAGCAGACAACGUUCUCGUUCGCGUCUCGGAUGACUUCUACGUGUUUGACCGCUCCAAGUUCGAUCUCGGCUCGAGCACGAAGCCUGGCAAGGAGGCACCAAACCACAUGAACAAGAUGAUCUUCCAAUUGAUGAAUGACAACGGAGGACGGGGUAUCUCAACAUUCAUCAACUUGGCGGCGGAUUAA